GUCAACCGGCCUGGGAGGCAAAACUCAGGGCAGCAUUUCUCAAUCUACACACAUGAACGGGGUUAGCAUCAAGCUAACGAUGCUAACUGUCAACCUUAGGAGAUAUUUAACAGUUAUAUAAGAGGAUUUUUAACAAAGAGGUUAGCACACAUUGCUGUGACUGGUCGGUGUCCUCCAGUUGCAGCAGAAAUGUUGCCCUCGAACAGCUCCAUGGUGAGGUCUGCUGCCAGGCUGCUGAGAACCUGGAGGCCAGGAUGUGUCUGGUGUCCGUGCAGAAACAUUUCUCUGAAACCCGGAGGUUCGAGACCAAAGACUCUUCCACAGCGGUACCUGGGCCAGCCGAGCCCCUUCACUCAUCCACACCUCAUCAAACAUGGUGAGGUGACCCCGGGUUUGACCCAGACAGAGUUCGAGCUCCGCAGACUCAGGCUGGCCUCACUGAUCGAGGCGCAGGCCGACAGGCUAGGACCCUCCGCCUCCUCCAGCACCCAUGUUGUCGUCUUGUUGUCCCACCCGACCCGCUACAUGACUAACGACAUCCCUUACCCCUUCCACCAGAACCAGGAUUUCCUGUACCUCAGUGGCAUCCUGGAGCCGGACAGUGCCUUGGUUAUGUACGGGACAGGACGCCCGGACCAGGCCAUCCUGUUCGUCCCGCGCAGGGACCCGAGCAGAGAGCUGUGGGACGGCCCGCGGUCUGGGAAGGAUGGAGCGGCGGCUCUGACCGGCAUCGAGAGAGUUCACUGCACAGAAGAACUGGGUCUGGUUCUCAAGAGCCUUAAAGGCACUGUGCUGUGGUACGACAGCUCUCAGCCGGCCCACCCUCGGCUCCAUCAGGCUCACGUGGGCCCCCUGCUGGACGAGGGGCCGAUGCCUCACUCCCUCCGGCCCCUCGUCCACUCUCUGAGGGCCGUCAAGAGCUCCGCUGAGGUGGCACUAAUGCAAGAAGCAGGUCACAUCAGUGCACAGGCUUUUCGGAGAACGAUGGCCAUGUGUCGAGGAGACGUGGAUGAAGCUGUGAUCUUUGCUAAGUUUGAUUUCGAGAAUCGGAUCCAUGGCGCCAACUUCCUGGCCUACCCGCCUGUCGUUGCCGGGGGAAACCGAGCCAACACUCUGCACUACAUCAACAACAACCAGAUCAUCAAGGAUGGUGAGAUGGUGCUGCUCGAUGGAGGCUGUGAAUACUUUGGUUACGUCAGUGAUAUCACUCGGACAUGGCCAGUGAAUGGAAAGUUCAGCCCUGCGCAGGCGGAGCUGUACGAGGCGGUGCUGGAGGUACAGCUUUCCUGUCUGUCCAUGUGUUCGCCGGGCGUCAGUCUGGAUCACAUCUACAGCAGCAUGCUGGCUCUGCUGGGGCGACAGCUCAGGAGGCUCGGCGUCGUGAAGGCCAGCAGCAGUGAGGAUGAUGUACUGAAGGCUGCACGGCGGUACUGCCCCCACCACAUUGGACAUUACCUGGGGAUGGACGUCCACGACACUCCUGAGCUGUCCCGCUCACAACCUCUGCAGCCGGGGAUGGCCAUCACCAUAGAACCAGGGUUGUACAUAGCCGAGGACAACGACCAGGUGCCUAAGCGUUUCCGUGGAUUGGGCAUCAGGAUAGAGGACGACGUGGUGAUCCGAGACAAGGGAGGCGCUCUGAUUCUGUCCUCAGACGCACCAAAGACCAUCGCUGAUGUAGAGAAAGCCUGCGCCCAGAGAUAAAGGCAGGGAGAGACAGACAGGUGACAAAGUGAGACACUUCCUCUGUGAGCUGGGAGUUUCCAAACGUCUCCACCGUGAUGACAUCAUCCGGCUCAGGGCCCAGGUACAUGAAAGGUGGGAGCACAUUGCAAAGACUCUGGUUUUAGCCUCAGCAAGGCCUCCAAAAUACAGACAAUAUGAUGUGGAAGAUCAUAUAUGUUGACGUCUUUCUAACUGGAUCGUAUUUGUCUUCAACAGUGAGUGAUUAUGAAGAGGUAUAAAGGAUAAAGGGUGGGUUUAGUUGUGUGUAUGGAAUAGUUUGAAGUUGGUUUGCAUAGCGUACUGCUUAGCCAUAAUUGGUGUGAUACCUACAGUCGAUGACAAAGUUUAGAGAAAAAGACAGGAGUAAGGACACAGGAGCCACCUGAUUGAAAACUUGAUUAAAAACUAACUUAACUUAGCGAAAUACGAAAGCUGUUGGUCUAUUACUGCCUUGAUCAGUUUGUUUGGUUCGUUUUUGGUUAGUCGAACAAUGACACAAGUAAACAAACUUAACAAGGCGGUGGUAACUGAUCAGAUAAGAUAGAUAGAAGUCGAUAACCAUCUACUGUAGCUAAUACACUAUGACUAUGGAUAAGUUCUUCAUCCAAUCCCACUUCCAAAAAUCCUAAACUAUCAGGGGGUUAUGAUGUGGCUAUGGAGCCUACGCAUGUAUACUUCACCAUAACAGACGUAUUUCUUGUUCAAAUGUAAUUACAAAUCAGGGCUACGGCAGCUUAAGCAAAACCACCGUUCUUACAAAUGUGUAAUACGACCAUGUAGUGUUGUGAUGGUGCUAUCAGCUGGGAAAUGUCAUCCAGAGCUAGAAAUAAAGAAUCUAGGAACAACUGUUAACCACUUGCAUCAAGUUUAUGUUCAGCUGAAGACUCCGUGGUUAGAUCAAGCUACCAUGGACUCAUCUUCAUCCUUAAAACCCAUUUGCUCCUAACCAGUAUGGUUUUUAUUACCAGUAUUACCAUCAUCAUGGCACACAGGGAUAUAAUGAUGUUGUUGUGUAUCUCAAAAACCUUUUUAGGUACAAUGCUAUGUGACUUGUGUUGAAGGCAAUAGGGUAUAAUAAGUACAUUAUUAUGAUUAAUACCUCAAACUUCCACUUAAUGUCUUCUACUCAAACAGGGUGACACAACAGGAGAAAAAACCGAAUGGCAUACACAUCCACUGUGAAUGGGAAAAGGCUAAUACGACUAUUUUGAGCAGUUUUUUCAUGUGUGUACAGUACCUGCAUACACGUGUUCAUUUUGGGGUAAAAAGGAACUUCACACAAAUGAUUAUUUCCCAUUACAAAAUGUCAAAACACCAACCACCACUCCCUAGGCUGCAGACAGAUCAUAAAGUCUAUUAUGUUAAUGCACACAAGUGAGAAUUAAAAAUGAACCUGUCUUAAACAACUUCCCCUAAUGAACAUGAAAUUAUUGUAAUGGUGAGUCCAAUUAACUGAAAACAUUGUGUGUGUGUGUGUGUGUUGUGUGUCUUUUCAAGAGAGAGAAAAAUGUGAUAUAUUCUAAAGAAAUGUGUGUGUAUACGUAUUAAAAAGAUCUCGUCAAAUUGUU